UGUAGGGAGUUUAAUGUCGUCGAGUCCUUCGACAAGCAUCGCCAUGACACCCGAGAAGCACAUGCGCUUAGCGAAACCCUUUCCACCUUGUGCGAGAUCGUUGCGGCAUCAUGACGGUCAGACGUGGAUCGACGAUGCAACCGAGGACGACUUCGUGGACGACCUAUGGACGACCGUCGUCCCUUACAUGAACCGGCAUCUCGACGAAUGGAACGAAAAUGACUGGAAGACGAUGGAGCGUUCCUGCCCAUGGGCAAGCCAUUACAAGUUUGCCAACAUGUUGGAGUUCGGGAGCCUCAUUGCACUGCUUGAUGGUGUCCUCCAUCGAAAGACCCUGGACGAUAAGGGUAAACCGGUCCGCUUCCGUACCAGCUUCAGACGUCGCCUCCACAGCGAGUACAUCACAUCUUCGCCACGAACUUGGGGAAGUUCGCAGAAGCAAGAGUUUGUGGAUUGCGCUCAUCAUUGUUCAUUCUUGGAACACUACCCACCCCGUUGCCCAGGGACUUCUCCACAAGCUCUGUCGUACUGUUGUGUGCGGUUGACGGAUGACGGAUGUUCUUUCGCCAGAGUGUUUCUUCAAGCAAAAGGUUCCAAGUUCAAGGCGGCCAUGUCUCGCCCAGAUGUAGAUGGGCGGUCAGACUUGGUGAGAGCAGGUCAGUGUGCCGACUUUCCUCUUCUGACGUACUUCGAAAACAUGGAUGAGAUUUUGGGCUUUAUUGAAAUAAAAGUCCCUGGGCGACUGGCGAUCAUCACAAAGGGAGGAGCGUUUCCUUUUCAAUAUGAGAGAAUCUUCAGGAUCGUAGCGGGAGGACGGACAAUGUUUGUCAUCAUGGUGAGGUUUACUGAUCUGAACAUUUUCGACAUGCGCAUAUAUGAGCGUCGGGGGGAAAAUUGGAUGCAAGGAGAUUUUACAAGAGCUUAUGUAAAAGCUUCAGAAACUCUUUUCGCCUUGAGACGUGCUGUGCUCGGAGCAGGGGGUGAUAUUGAGGGUUUCUCGUUUGCCAUUACGGAGUUUGAAGGAUAUUGUUACGACACACAAACACAAGAGCGUCAAGGGGGAAACUGGAUGCUGGGAGAUUUUACAUCAGCUUAUCUGCAAGCUGCAGAUAUUCUUGUGUCCUUGAGACGUGUUGUUGUCAUGGCCGGGGGAGACGUUCUCGGUUUCCAUUACGGGGUUCGAAGCUACAUUCAGCCAAGCAACAUUCAAGAGCAUCAAGACUCUGUCCAGACAGUCCAGAAGAGAACAGUGCCGGAAUCGAUUGCCAUCGCUCAGACCCUACCAAACACCGGAGGAAGGAAGGAAGGAAGGAAGGAAGGAAGGAAAAUGGCACACGUUGGCAAGUACGCGGACGAGCUCAUCGCCACGGCGAAGAAAAUUGCGACCCCUGGGAGGGGUAUUCUCGCCGCUGACGAGAGCACGGGCACCAUUGGGAAGAGACUGGCCAGCAUCAACGUGGAGAAUGUGGAAUCCAACAGGAGGGCUCUGAGGGAGCUUCUCUUCACCGCUCCYGGGGCGAUGCAGUACAUCAGCGGCGUCAUUCUGUUCGAGGAGACGCUCUACCAGAAGACGGCAGACGGGAAGCCUUUCGUCGAUSUCCUCAAGGAGGCCGAUGUGGUGCCYGGCAUCAAGGUCGACACCGGCGUUGCGGCCCUGGCAGGCACGAAGGGCGAGACCACGACGCAAGGSCACGACGGAYUGGGCGCCAGGUGYGCCAAGUACUACCAGGCGGGCGCGCGGUUCGCCAAGUGGCGCGCUGUCCUGAAGAUCAGCGCAGACGGAUGCCCUACGCCGCUGGCAAUCCAGUCCAACGCGGAUGGGCUGGCCAGGUACGCGUCCAUCUGCCAGGAGAACGGGCUGGUGCCGAUYGUGGAGCCGGAGAUCCUGAUCGACGGCACGCACGACAUCGAGAAGAGCGCGGCGGUGACGGAGAAGGUGCUGGCGGCGGUGUACAAGGCUCUGAGCGACCACCACGUGCUKCUGGAGGGCACGCUGCUGAAGCCGAACAUGGUCACGCCSGGAUCGGACGCUGCGAAGGUGGCGCCGGAGGUGGUGGGCAAGUACACGGUGAGGACGUUGCAGAGGACGGUUCCCGCGGCCGUUCCCGGGAUCAUGUUYCUGUCGGGCGGGCAGAGCGAGGAGGAGGCGACCCUGAAUCUGAACGCGAUGAACGCUUUGGAGGCGACGAAGCCAUGGACGCUGUCMUUCUCGUACGGGAGGGCGCUGCAGGCGAGCACGCUCAAGGCGUGGGGAGGCAAGGUGGAGAACGUUGCGGCGGCCCAGAAGGCGUUCUUUGUGCGCGCCAAGGGCAACGGGGAGGCGACGCUCGGGAAAUACAGUGGCGCUCCCGCGAUCGAGGGAGCGUUAGAGAGUCUGCACGUUAAGGACUACAAAUACUGAAGUGUGGGCGGGAUUCAUUGCUAGUUACUGUAUAGGAAUCUGCAUCGGCGACUUCCGAGCCUCGUGUGGAGGCAGGCGGUUGAUCGCAUAUGCGAUCGUAGAAUAGAACAGUAGGUGAUGCAUAGCCAGACUUUCUCUGCGUUUGCUUCGAGUGAGAGAGUGUUAGGUCUAUAUUAGGAGGUAGGGUCUGGUUCACACAGCAGCUCGUAGUCUCAACGGCUGUUGCAUCCGUAGUUUGCCUUUGUGCAUUUGGUUGAAGACGAGUUUGCCGGCAGUCGGACGGUUUCAUUCCAUUGGGGUUUAACGGUUUAUCGAUUAAUUGAUUUGAAUUUGGAUCCGUGAUAAUUUUUGUUCUUUCCGGAUUGGCGAUCAGUGUUUUGUGUGGUGACGAAUGUUACUCGGUCGUCUGUACGUUUGGAAGAUGAGCUGGAACUCGGGAUGAUUCGGACUGUUCUAUGUCGGAGUGAGUGGUUCUUGUGCUUCCGUCUCCUUUUCCCAUGUGGUCGCCGCUGCCUUGAAGU